AUUUCUGUCCUACUUAUUUUUACAUCAACAUGGCAACAUUCCGAAGUAAUUUCGCAAAGCCGAUUGUCAAUUUCAGCGCAAAAAAAGCCUAGAGCUUAGUUUAAUUGCAUUGGAAUUUUUCAAUAUUCUUCCGUUAUUUCUCGAUCGAAAUUAUUAAAGCCUGUCACCCGCCCCAACGCCGCCUAUCUUGAAAUUUUGAGUACUUAAUUGAAGCUGGCAUUCCCCUCUACCUCGCCUUCAGAAAGUGAAAUUUGGUGCACUGCCCAGAAACAAAUUCAACAUUUUAGAAUUGCCAUCUUAUAGAAGAAAAGGAGAACAGAACGAAAAUAUGUCCCAGUUGAAUACACCGGAAAGAGAUGCGGCUGGCAAACCCCCUUCUAAUAGGCAACAAAGUGCGCACAGCCCAAAUUUGACUUUGCAGCUUCCCAGUCCCAUUAUUACAAAACGCACACGCACUGCUUCAACGUCGGCUCGUGCUUUAGAAAAUCCAAUUGAAACAGGUAUCGUUAAGGCUUUUAGUCGUUCGAAGGGGCAUGGGUUUAUCUCACCGAAAUCGGGUGGUGAAGAACUCUUCUGUCAUGUCUCUGAUAUUGAUGGUGAAUAUGUGCCACAACCAGGUGAUGAAGUAAGGUACCGCUUAUGUGCAAUUCCGCCAAAAUUCGAAAAACACCAAGCAGUACAUGUACAAAUUAUCAACUUAACACCAGAAGUGCAUCAUAAGUGGGAGGAGCCUGUCUUCCCCGAUUCUCCUGCUCAAUAGAGUGUUGCUGAAGUUGCAAUUUAUUAAUUGUACACUCUUUUCAUGUCACAAAAAUCCUUGGCCAGUGGUAAAAAUAAGUGUAUAGUUAAAUAUUUCUUAAAAAUACCGAAAUUUGCCAUUAAAAUAGGAGUUUAACAAAUUUUAUAUGAGCAGCUCACAUAAUUAAAAAAAUUUACACCUUUUACUACAACAAUAAGAGCGACCGUAGAAAUAAAACAUCGAAAAUAAUUCAAUUUCAAGAAAAAAACUUAAUAGCUGCAGGGAACAAUGCACACAGUUUGCAUAUUUUUUAUUAACGAAAUAUCUUAAUUGAAACCGGAACAUCCGCAAAGUCAAAUUUAAACAAAUUCUGUUUUAAAAGUAGAAAAGGAAAUCAUUGUGUGCUCAGCUAAACUGUAUCGUAAUCAAAUAUCUACCAUAUAGUGUAAAAUAAUUCUACGGCAUGAGCCUUGGUACAUACAUGUGUAUUGUUUAUGUUCAACAUUUCAAUAAUAUUUAAUCCUCAAGGACAGUAGCCAAUUGCGUCCAGUAUUCAUGUGCAGAAGUAGUGUCAACAUAAGCAAGUAAAUAAAAGUUAAAUUGGCAAUGUUAUCUUUCUUUUAUUCGCUAACACUGGAUUAAAAUUGUUGUUCGUUAUUAACUGCUAUCAGUUAAUGCCAUUUUUAAUAUUGUUUCCUAAAAUAAAUCCGAGUGUCGCUCAAUGUUUCAAAUAACUUA